GCUGCUUAAAAUUUCCAGCACGUGGCUUGAUCGAAUCACUCGUUACUUAUUUCUAACUCUCCACCCUUGUCGCGUCGCAAUGAGCCGCGUCAAAUCUUACCUCUUCUGGAGCACAUUCCAGGCUCGCCAACUCGUCCGGAAUGUCCUAAUGAAGGAGCCCCAAUUCGGGAUGCACCACCAACAGCUAUUCAACGAGAUCGUCCGGCAAUACCCACACGAAAAGCUCCCUACACACCUCAUACCCCUCCAAGCCGAGCACACCCGGGGUCCCCCAGUCCACGGCGGGGAAUACGGCAAACCCGAACCAGCACUAGCAGACCACCCCGUCCGGUCCAUGAGAUACCUCAAAAAGGUAAUCCUCGAAGACAUGCUCCGCCUCAACGAAGUCGAAAAAAUCAUCCUCACCCCCGACCGCGACGCCAAACGGACAAAAACCAACGCUCUCUACGUCAAGCACCCCGGGCCUAUCAACGCCACGCAGAUGUACCGCUGGCGGGUCGUACCCGGCUCUCAACCGGCGGAGGUGGCAGAUCCCGACCCGGAGGAGAUGUUCGAGGCGAGACGCGUGGAGGCGUGGAAGAAGAAGGUGCAGGAGAAGAAUAGGCUGCUGCCUCCGGAUUUGAGGAUUUCGACGAGGCAUCCUCCGCCUCCUAAACGUGAGAUGUGGCUCCGCGAGAGGGAAGCGCGGGACAAGGGAAUAGACGAUCCGUUCGUGUACAAGGACGACGUACGGAACCCUCACAUCCUCUCGAACGCAAAGAGCGAAUACCAGAGGUCUAGUACUUCAAGACGGCCCGAAGGAGUCGACCAUGACAUCGAGGAACAGGACACCUUUUCGAGCUCGCCCUCAAGACAGAACCCAAACGACGACAUAUACGAGGACUCUGAAGAUGGCGGGCUUGAGGACCUUGAACCCGAACCUGCCUCGAGUGUCGAAGAGGCCGACGAAGCUGGGGAGCAAGCAGUCUAUGAUGCACUCUUCGCAUCAGACUCCGAUAUCGAAGAGGACGAAGACGAAGACGAAGACUACACACGCACCAUCCCAUCCUACCGCCAAGGCAGCCUGAAUCAUCGUCGAGAAUUCUCUCUCGCCGCUGGACAGAACGCGCCUCCUGAACCGGAAUCACGCGAAAACCCCAACCUCAGCAUCCCUCCCUUCCCAAAAUUCAACGAGCACGAAAUCCCCGGCCUCAGCGACAAGGAGAGGCAGCGACUGGAAUCAUGGCGGGAGACUUUCCGGCAAGGGGUAGAGGAAAAAAUCCAAAAGAUGAAACGAGAUCCCGCGAACCCCAUGAUCAAAUUACUGGAAGAUCAGUACGACGCUGAAGACAAACCCUCCCAGGAUGAGGGCCCGCAGAUAAAUUUCCUUAGGCAUGGGUUACAUUCGACUGUUUAUAAGAGACCGAGUAAACCUCGGACCCCGUACAAGGAAUCUGAACUGGAGGGAGAGGACAUGACACCUAGCACUCGACAAAGGCCAUCGUCCCCAGAUACAAAACCGGAAGGCAGCUCAACAUCCAGCGACCCCUCCCCACGCUCACAGAUAACCUUCCUCAAAAUAGAGCCCUACGAGAGGUCCCGGAGACCUCGAAAACCUCCCAAAGAACCCGAACCCGAGCGCUGGGAUCGAGACCUGCCAGAGGAUAUCCUCCCCCCAGCGAUUGACGUUCGGAAAGACGCCCCUAUGCCGAUACCAGACGUAACAGUGCGUAUCGGUUCCACAGUAGACGUCAGACACAGUCGCGCGACCCGCCUAUACGAAUCUCUAGCUCGAAAAUCCUCCACGGGGCCCUUUGCGGUACCCAAGCUCAUAAUUGAAAGGGACCCUGCUACGCGUCCGUCAAAAGGGGACUAUCUCCGUUCUUCGACUCCCCGUGGGCCUGGGGAUCCAAGGAAUCCGAAUCGGAGAGUUGGAGAUGCGGAAGAAAUAGAUGAUAUGCUGGACUAAUAAUACUUUCCACUCCCUAAUAAGAAAGAAUAUCCCACGCUGAUAAGAUAAGCGG